AUUGGAUUCAAUAGGCCUUGUACCAAGAUAGUACUCCGUCUCUCCGUGUAUAUCAUUCUUAAAUGCACCGAAAAAAAAAAAAGCUGAAAUACGUUUCCAGUGUACUUGUCUGACCUGACCGCCAUUGUUGCUCCCCAAGCAGUUCUGCUAAUCAUAAAUUAUCUAUUAUUACCCCGUAAUUGAUAAUAUUCUUAAUAAAAGGAAACUUCUCCCUGCUCCCCUCCACCACUUUCAGCUCUGAUUUCUGGAAAAUGUGAGGGUGUCUAUCUUAUCGACCCAAUUUUCAAAGCUUACGGAUCAGCGCAUUUAGGGUCCGAAUUCGAAGGGUUUGGGAAUGGAUUCGGUUCAAGGUGCCGAGGGUAGAUCCACCGUUUGCGAAACAACCGAACCCGGAGGAGAUGCUGGCCACGCCCACCACCAGUUCGGCGGCGUAGUGGCCGCGCCGCCGGAAUCCGGAUUCACUGCGCUGCUAGAACUCCCGCCUUCGCAGGCGGUGGAGCUCUUGGCGAACUCGCCGUCCACCAAACUCCCAGAAAUUGAACAUCCCAGAAGUCUAUAUCCCGGUUUUCCUCCUCCGCCGCCGCCUAUUUUCCCUUCCGACUUGGCUCUGAUCGAACGGGCGUCGAAGUUUUCCCCGUUCGCCGGGAAUGCCCCUGAAAAUCUGUCUUAUUCCGGCCCGAAACCCUACUUCGUGAAGCAGGAGCCAUUGGGUUGGGACUCAACCCUGAUUUCAAACCAGACGGCCAAUCCGAAAUCAACCAAGCGAAAGGAAAGGGAUAUAAAGGUUGAAGAUUCUGGCAAGAAGGGCAAGAAAUCUGCUACGAAUACCUCGGGGAACGAGGCCGAUGGGUCCCAGUAUGUUCACGUCCGAGCUCGCCGCGGUCAAGCCACCAAUAGCCACAGCUUAGCUGAGAGAGCUAGAAGAGAGAAGAUUAAUGAGAAGAUGAAACUUUUGCAAGAGCUUGUCCCAGGUUGUAACAAGAUAUCUGGUACAGCAAUGGUGCUGGAUGAGAUCAUCAACCACGUCCAAUUCCUACAACGACAAGUUGAGUUCUUGUCAAUGAGCCUUGCUGCUGUCAACUCGAGAAUCAGUUUUAACAUAGAAAAUCUAUUUGCUGCCGAAUCUGAGAAUAACUUUGCGUGCAUGUUCCCGCCAUCGAUGUGUCUUGAGGAACAACAGGACAAUGGGAUCAGGCAACCUUAUCAACAUCAAUUGCAUUUUGAUGGAUUUUCUCAACCUGUGUGGAGUAGAGAAGAUGAAAACUCGCUCUUAACUUACCACUCAACUAAUCCAGACGCACACCAAUCUUCUUUGCAUGGCAAUCAUCAGCUAAAGAUGGAGUCAUGAAGGGGAAAAGGGGAAAUCUUUUUUUUGGUGCAGCAAGCCUAGGCAUGUAUCUAUGAUGUAUAGCAGUAGUCUUUAUGUAGCGUGGAAGAAGAGGUGGCAGCCACGACAAUCUGGAUAUCGGGUUUUUUGGUCUGUUCACAAACAAACAUGGCAUUUGGAGAUCACCAGAACAGAUAGGUCACUGCUUUCUAAUCUUAACUACUUAUACCUAGCUUUAUGGAUGUGUAUAAUAUAUAGUACUCCGUAAUAUAUAUACGGAGUAUAUAUAUACGGGAAUCGCUAAAUCCAACCCACAUUUGGCUAUAUCCACUCUCUUUUUUUUUGUGUCUAAUAGACAAGUUUACCCUUAAUUCUUGACAUUGGGAAAGGAAGAAGUGAAAGACAAAAGUGCCCAUUUCUUGAAAAUAGAGUGGAUUUAGCCAAUUAAGGUGUGGAUCUAGCAUCAUUUUAUAUAUACUCCCUGGCAUUUUUUUGAGUUCUAUAACUUUGGGUGCACCUCAAUCUGAUAUAUAUUGUGUAUGAUUAAAUGAGUGAUUGAAUC